AGUGCUGGGUUCUUAAGAAUGAGCUGGUCCCACUGGGUUAGGAAGUGACAACUGUGCCCCUGAGGUGGAGCGGCCGCCAUGGCCAAGUACCUGGCCAAGAUCAUUGUGAUGGGUGUGCAGGUGAUGGGCAGAGCCUUUGCCCAGGCCCUGAGGCAGGAAUUUGCAGCAAGCCAGGCAGCUGCUGAUACUCGGGGUUGUGCUGGGCACCAGUCUGCAGCCACAUCCAACCUCUCUGGCCUCAGCCUCCAAGAGGCCCAGCAGAUUCUCAACAUCUCCAGGCUGAACCCUGAGCUGGGCCAGAAGAAUUAUGAACACCCAUUUAAAGUGAACGACAAAUCUGUGGGUGAUUCCUACCUGCAGUCAAAGUUUGUCCGUGCAAAGGAACGCCUAGAUGAGGAACUCCAAAUACAAGCCCAAGAAGACAGAGAGAAAGGGCAGCUGCCCAAAACGUGACUGCUGGGCAUGCCCCACCCCACCAUUGCCUCAUAAUUUAUAACGUGGUGAUGAAUGUCUUUUCCGUGUUAAAAAAAAAAGAAUGAGUUAUUACACCCAGAUUUCUCUGUUCUCUUUAAUACCAUAUUACUGAAUCAAACUUCAGGGAUGACAUUUUUAUUCCUAGUAGUAGAACUGGCCAAUGACAGUAAAGGGAACAUGUGUGAGGUGCUCAGUGCACUCAGCCUGGAUCCCAAACCAAAGCUUCUGUAAACCACUGUGUUGUAAUGCAAACCCAGCUCAAUGUAACGUGUCA